AUGCGCAAAGGAUCAAAUAAUGCGGCUCCGUGGGCUCGGCACUGGCAAGUCGUUGGUGUAGUUGGCGUAUUCAUAUGUCGCAAGUACGAAGUCGCAAAAGGGAGAGUACCCCAGGUUGGAGUCUGCCCAACGCCGGGUUUUCUGGCCGAGGCGUUGUUCCGCUCAUGGGACGAGAGUCUCAAGGCCACAGCGCUAGUAUGGUAA